AGCACUGUGCUGUAUGUUUCACUUAGUGAAAACCUGUACCAAAUGGCAUCUCAGCUGGACUGUGUAACAUGGAACCAAAUGAACAGCCUGGCAUCUUCCAUGAAGAGUGAGGACACUUUGACUGGACCGCACUUCUUCGAGGACUUGGUUUUAGAUGGCCAUACAACCAGCUACGACAGUGACCCCACAGUCCCGCCUCCGCCCAUGCUCGUCAGUGCCCAGUACCACAUACACACACACGGUGUCUUCAGAGGACUUCAGGAUGUUCGACGGGUAGCUGCCAUUGCCCCACCAGUUGUGAAAGAGGCCAAUGAAAAGCGUCCAUUUGUGUGUGCUUACCCUGGCUGCAGCAAGAGAUACUUCAAACUGUCACAUCUGCAGAUGCACGGCCGCAAACACACAGGAGAGAAGCCUUACCAGUGUGAUUUCACAGACUGCGGCCGUAGAUUCUCUCGCUCAGACCAGUUAAAGAGGCACCAGCGCAGACACACAGGAGUGAAGCCCUUUCAGUGCGAAACGUGUCAGAGAAAGUUUUCACGGUCAGAUCAUCUUAAGACGCACACUCGGACUCAUACAGGUAAAACAAGUGAGAAGCCCUUCUCCUGCCGCUGGUCCAACUGUCAGAAGACAUUUGCCCGCUCUGACGAGUUGAUGCGCCACCACAGCAUGCACCAAAGGAACCUGACCAAGCUGCAACCUGCCAUCUGAGCAGCGAGAGGAGGAAGAGAAGGAUGAAGAGGAAGGUGACAGUAUGUUGUGCCAGUUAGUAGAGAAAGAUGCUGGAGCCUGGUCAACAGUUAUGGUCCCCUGCUAGACUCGCCAAAGUGGUGAGCACAGCUGACGCCUCCCUCAGCCAGCCAACAUUAAGAGACUACGAUGAUCCUCGAGGUCUUCAAGAUGCACCUCAAACUAGCCCUCGUUGCAGUUAUUUGACGUUAUAACUCAGACUGAGUACAAUACCACAGUAACUCUGAGCCAAGAAGAUUUUUUAUGUGAGAUGAGGAAAAUGUUCAUGCAUUAUUUUGGAUAUUUUAAUACACUUGCACUGGGUUCUUUUUUUCAUUAUUAAAAUUGUGUCACCUUGAAAAUGUGCUGGACGAUGUAGACUGGAUUUAGGAAAUGGACAUUGUGUCUUUUUCUUUUUGUCCAUUAAGUUGAACACAGUUCAUUUGUGCUUUGGGGAAUGUGAACGUCUUUAUAUUCCUACCCACCAAAUUGCUUUGUAUAUACUGUAUGUGGUGUAUUUGCUUACCUUUAUUGACAUUCCUUUUGUAUUUUCUAUGUUUUUGUAAGUUUAUAAAAUGUUGAUUCACA